AUGAUCGUUGAUGUUUCUUCUCAAUUUUCCUUGAAACGAAGGAGGUUCACCAAUAUUGAUCCCAUGGAAGCUGAAGAAGCUAAGGCCAAGCUCACAGCAGCAAAAGAAAAGUUCGGGAGAGAAAUUCAUGUUUUUGAAACGUCAGCUGCUUCUUCUUCGCACACGGAAGAGUCUAUUACUGAGGAGACAGAUGAAUUUUUUGAGUUUACAGCAGAGGAUUAUUAUCGGAUUAUGAAUGCCAAAAAGGAAGAUAAGGUUCUAAAAACACGAAAGCUUAAAGAGGCAGAACAGGCAGCCCGCAGGUCAAGGAUAACAAAGACUGUGAUCAGGGUUCGAUUUCCUGAUAAUCACACAUUAGAGGCCACUUUUCAUCCAUCAGAAACAGUUCAGAGCUUGGUUGAUCUCCUCACGAAAGUAGUUGCUCAACCAGAAUUACCAUUCUACAUAUAUACUACUCCUCCUAAGAAGCAGAUAAAAGACACGUCACAGGAUUUUUACUCUGCUGGCUUUGUUCCUGGUGCAAUUGUGUAUUUUUCAUAUAAUAUGCCAAAAGAUGAUGCUUCAGAUGCCAAGUCAGGUCCCUUCCUUCAGGAAGAGAUCAUGUCUUUGAAAGGUUUGGAACUCCUCACUAAACAUGCAGAGCCUGUUGAGUCUGCACCAGAAACGAUACCAGAGGCAUCACCUCCUGUUGUUCAAGAGAAGAAGCCUGCGGAGAAAAAACCUGUCAAGCCAAAGUGGCUGAAACUGUGA